GUAGGACCAACAUGCAGGAGAACUGGAGAAUAGUUGACUUCUUCUCGCACCACCCGGAGAGUCUGCACAUGUUCACCUUCCUCUUUGAUGAUGUUGGCAUCCCACUCAACUACAGGCACAUGGACGGUUUUGGUGUCAACACCUACACCUUGAUCAGCAGGGAUGGAAAGGCUCACCUUGUUAAGUUCCAUUGGAAGCCUACAUGUGGUGUCAAGUGCCUCUUAGAUGAUGAAGCCGUUACUGUUGGAGGCACCUGCCACACCCAUGCCACAAAGGACUUGACUGAUGCUAUUGCAGCUGGGAAUUACCCAGAAUGGAAGCUCUUCAUUCAGACCAUUGAUGCUGAUCAUGAGGAUAGAUUUGACUUUGACCCUCUUGAUGUCACCAAGACCUGGCCAGAGGAUAUCAUCCCACUGCAACCAGUUGGACGGAUGGUCCUGAACAAGAACAUCGAUAAUUUCUUCGCAGAAAACGAACAGCUUGCUUUCUGCCCAGCAGUCACUGUCCCUGGAAUCCACUACUCUGAUGAUAAGCUGCUCCAGACAAGGAUUUUCUCCUAUGCUGAUAGUUGGAAAGGGGUUCAUUUUUCCUAUAAAGAAUGGCUGGUCCUUAUCAACUCUGUCGGUUGUAAUAUGGUUCAUUACAUGAUGUCCUUCUUCCACGCGCGAAAUGAAGUUGAAUGCAUUUGUGUGGGUGCUUAUUAUUGA